CCGAUAGCGAAACGACCGUAUCUAGAUAGUUUAUACCUCAAGCCUUCCAUAAAUCAGCUCAGAACGUCAUACAAGGCUAGUCGGCUGAAGUUAGUCGAUGGGCCGUGGUCGCCUUUUCGGUAAAGCGUGCGAGCCGACCUGGCGCCACGCCUCUUGUGUCUUGAUGACACUUAUCCAAGACGUAAAACGAUUCUAUUUGGAUUGCGGUCGUGGCUCUUGCGAGGCGGUUUGGUACCGGCACAGGACCGAAUGGGCAGCGAUGUUCGCUGUUCCGACACUCGCUUCUGCACGCCUCGCUGUUUUAACAAAAGACAUUCUGUACAAAAGCGCUCACGCAACCGUUAUCUACAACAGUCAACACCGAUACCGAACAAGGCCGCUCUAUCUGCUUGCGUGACCCCUCCCGCCACUGACGACCGCGUUGGUAAGCCACGACACCUGCGACCGAGGCAUGGCUCCCAUUCGCCGGAUUUACGGGUUCGCCCGUGGAAGCAGUGAUGGCAACAAAUCGAUGAAGGAGCUGCUCGGCGGCAAGGGUGCUUACCUUUGCGAAAUGGCGCGCUGUGGCCUGAACGUUCCUCCCGGCUUCACCAUCACCACCGAGGUCUGCGAGGAGUUCUACGCCAACGGCGGCAUGCUGCCCGAGGCCCUCAAGACCGAGGUCAAGGCCGCCGUGGCCGUUGUGGAGGCCGAUAUGGGGCUCAAGUUCGGAGACGUCAACACGCCGCUGCUGGUGUCCGUACGCUCCGGCGCCGCGGUGUCCAUGCCGGGCAUGAUGGACACGGUGCUGAACCUGGGCCUCAACGACGCCAUCGUCGAGGGCUUCGCCGCCAAGUACGGCGCCCGCUUCGCCAUGGACUGCUACCGCCGCCUGAUGCAGAUGUUUGGUGACGUGGUGCUGGAGAUCCCGCACGAGGCCUUUGAGGCCAAGCUGGCGGCGCUCAAGGGCCGCAAGGGCGUCCAGUAUGAUGUGCAGCUGGACGCCGACGACCUGCGGGAGCUCAUCGCGGCCUACAAGCAGGUGUACGCCGAGCACAAGCAGGAGCUGCCGCAGGAUCCCUGGCAGCAGCUCUACCUCGGCAUCAACGCCGUGUUCAAGUCUUGGAACAUUCCCCGCGCCAUCAAGUAUCGCGAGAUCAACAAGAUCACCGGGCUCAAGGGCACCGCCGUGAACGUGCAGACCAUGGUGUACGGCAACAUGGGGGAGAGCAGCGGCACGGGCGUGUGCUUCACACGCAACCCCGCCAACGGCGCCAGCGAGCUGUUCGGCGAGUUCCUCAUCAACGCCCAGGGCGAGGACGUGGUUGCUGGCAUCCGCACGCCCAUGCCCAUCAAGCUGAUGGCGGACGUGAUGCCGCCGAUCUACGCCGAGCUGGUCGCCAACACGACCAUGCUGGAGAAGCACAUGAAGGACAUGCAGGAUGUGGAGUUCACGGUGCAGGAGGGCCGCCUGUUCAUGCUGCAGUGCCGCAGCGGCAAGCGCACCGGCACCGCCGCGCUGCGCAUCGCGCUGGAGCUGCAGGCGGAGGGCAUCAUCGACCGCGACGAGGCGGUGCUGAUGGUGGAGCCGCGCCACCUGGACCAGCUGCUGCACCCGCAGUUUGAGAGCGACAAGGGCUACGCCAAGGACGUCAUCACGCGCGGCCUGGCCGCCUCGCCUGGCGCCGCCGUGGGCCGCCUGGUGUUCUCCGCCGCCGAGGCCGAGGAGUGGAAGGCGCGCGGCGAGCGUGUCAUCCUGUGCCGCCACGAGACCUCUCCCGAGGACGUGGGCGGCAUGCACGCGGCCGAGGGCAUCGUGACCUGCCGCGGCGGCAUGACCAGCCAUGCCGCUGUGGUGGCUCGCGGCUGGGGCAAGCCCUGCGUGUGCGGCUGCGAGCAUCUCCACAUCGACCUCAAGACCAAGACGCUGACGUUUGAGCUGCACGGCGCGGAGGUGCGCCUGCGCGAGGGCGACUGGGUGUCGCUCAACGGCACCAGCGGCGAGGUCAUCAAUGGCGCGCAGCCGCUCAAGGCGCCCGAGGUCACGGGGGGCGACCUGGGCAAGCUCAUGGCCUGGGUGGACAAGGCCCGCCGCCUGCGUGUGCUGGCCAACGUGGACACUCCCGAGGACGCCGCCAUCGCUCGCGCCAACGGCGCGCAGGGCAUUGGGCUGUGCCGCACGGAGCACAUGUUCUUCUCCACGCACGAGCGCAUCGCCGCGAUGCGCCGCAUGAUUGCGGAGGAGGAGCUGGCGAGCAGCCACAAACUGGAGGCGCUGGAGGCGCUCAAGGCCUUCCAGCGUGAAGACUUUGAGGGCAUUUUCAAGGCCAUGGACGGCCUGCCGGUGACCAUCCGGCUGCUGGACCCGCCGCUGCACGAGUUCCUGCCGCAGGAGGGGCCGGCCAUGGCGGCGCUGUGCCGCCAACUGGCGGGCGAGCUGGGCGCCAGCGUGGAGCGGGUGGAGGCGCGGCUCAACGGCCUGCGCGAGGUGAACCCCAUGAUGGGCCUGCGCGGCUGCCGGCUGGGCAUCGUGCACCCGGAGAUCACGGACAUGCAGGCGACGGCCAUCCUGGAGGCCGCCACCCGUGUGGCGGCGGCGGGCGGACACGUGCACCCGCACAUCAUGGUGCCGCUGGUCGCCACCACGGACGAGAUGGACCACCAGCUCCACGUCAUCCACGCCGCGGCCAAGCGCGUGGCAGCGGCCACUGGCGAGAAGGUGCCGUACAAGGUGGGCACCAUGAUUGAGGUGCCCCGCGCGGCGCUGCAGGCGGGGCCGCUGGCAGAGCGCGCCGACUUCUUCUCCUUCGGCACCAACGACCUGACCCAGAUGACGUACGGCAUCAGCCGUGACGACGCGCAGGCCAAGUUCCUGACCACCUACACGCACAACGGCAUCCUGCAGUCCGACCCCUUCGACACCCUCGAUGUGGUCGGCGUGGGCGAGAUGGUCCGGAUCGCGGUGGAGCGCGGCCGCGCCGCCAAGCCCGACCUGGAGCUGGGCAUCUGCGGCGAGCACGGCGGCGACCCCAACUCCAUCGCCUUCUUCAACAAGGUGGGUCUGGACUACGUGUCCUGCUCGCCGUUGCGUGUGCCCAUCGCGCGUCUGGCGGCGGCACAGGCUGCCAUCAAGGCGGCCGCUAAGGCCAAGUAAUAAGGAGGGCAGCCGCGAGAAGUAAGAAAGCUGAAGGCCGUGGCGGCGGCUGGGGCUGAGCAUGAAGCCAGCAGCUGAUUUGAGGCAGCGUGGGGAAAAGCGUGUGAUUGUGGGCAAACCAGUGUUGAUGGGUUUGAGUUUUGGUGUGUUGUGCGUGAGUUUGUGGACGAGCAGGAUUGCGAGGUCUUGCGCCCCAGUGCUGCAGCUCGCCUCAGCCCUCAGGGUUGGGUAUUCCAGCCCGCUGCGUGAGUGUAGCAGAAAGAGACGGAGUUGACUUGAUGAAUAUGGCAUGUGGGGAGCACGCAUCAGCGUUGGCACGUUGAGAAAGCAAAAAGUACCGGUAUUGGUUGUCGUCUACCGUAGUUGGUGCAGGAAUGAGUUUGCUUUCCUGGCGCAGGUGCCUUCGUGCUCCGGUCCCCCUGCACUGCUGGCGGGCUCCGCAUUACAGGCCCGGUCUUUGUAUAUGGCAAGGCAGCCCAUGACCGUGUGUGUGUGUGAGCAGCGUUUCUGGAUACUUGGGGCGGGAUGCCGGAAAGCAUGCCACGCAGACAAAAGAACGGUUGGUGUGCGUGGAGGCUGCGUGACGGCACGUUGAUCAAUUGUCCUGAUGUCAUCUGAUGGCUCGCCGCGCCGGCGCAGAACUGCCGCUGUGUUGCGUGCGUGCGUUGAUGCGGCGAACGCCCGUGGCAUGCCGCACAACAUAUUCUUGUGUUCGAUCUGCUGACGAGAGUGCAAGACGCGUCGUGAAGGCAUUAUUCGUGGAGGUAGGGAAGAGGCUCGUAAUUGAGAUAGCGGCGCGUGCGCUCUUCCACAUCCCUUUCAUGCACCUGGAAAGGCCCAUCCAUCCCCCGAAAGCCAGGCACAAACACAUGCGGGACACGGACCGAUUUUGUUUUACAUUCCUAAAAAGUAAGCUUUGGAG